AUGGGCCCCGACCGGUGUCCGCAGGAGAGCCCCGAGGGAGAAGCUGGGAGAACAGGGCGGAAGCCAAAGGGCAAAGAUUCUUUGAAAGACAUUUCCCUCUACUUCUCCAAGGAAGAGUGGGCAGUGAUGGGAGACUGGGAGAAAAGCCGGUACAGGAACGUGAAAAGGAAUUUCGAUGUGCUCAUCAGCCUAGGUCUCAGGGUCCCUCGACCAACUUUCAUGUGUCACCGCAGGCAGACUACCAAGCUGCAGGAGGAGAACCCUGAAGAUUCUGAUGAAGAAUGGACUCCAAAGCAGCAAGUCAAACCUUCUUGGGUGGCCUUCAGAAAGGAACAGAGUAAACAUCAGAAGGCAACAUCCAAGGUGCUGUUAAGCAAUGAAUAUAGUUUGAAGGAAUUGUCAAGAACAGGAAAUUUGCUGACUGAAAGUGGCUCAGAGCAUGCUGAGAAACCAGUGUCCCUUCCUGGAGAAGCAUGUACCUUUGCACAGCACACUAGACAAAAGCUGGAUCUCAGGAGAAAGGAGAUUGAACUGAAGAUGUAUAAUCUACGAGAAAGAAAGGGCCAUGUGUACCAAGAGGUCAACGAGCCCCAGGAUGAUGACCACCUUUAUUGUGAAAAGUGUCAGAACUUCUUCAUUGACAGCUGUGCUGUGCACGGACCCCCUACAUUUGUAAAAGACAGUGCAGUGGACAAAGGGCAUCCCAACCGCUCAGCCCUCACUCUGCCGCCUGGGUUGAGAAUCAAACCAUCAGGCAUCCCAAAGGCUGGGCUUGGAGUGUGGAAUGAGGCAGCAGAUUUGCCAGUGGGUCUGCAUUUUGGCCCUUAUGAAGGACAGAUCACAGAAGAUGAAGAGGCAGCCAAGAGCGGAUACUCCUGGCUGAUAACCAAAGGGAGAAACUGCUAUGAGUAUGUGGAUGGAAAAGAUAAAUCCUGGGCCAACUGGAUGAGGUAUGUGAACUGUGCCCGGGAUGAUGAAGAGCAGAACCUGGUGGCCUUUCAAUAUCACAGGCAGAUUUUCUACCGAACCUGCCGGGUCAUCAGGCCGGGCUGUGAGCUGCUGGUCUGGUACGGAGACGAGUACGGCCAGGAGCUGGGCAUCAAGUGGGGCAGCAAGUGGAAGAGCGAGCUCACAGACAGAAAAGCAAAAUCAAAAUCUGAGAUCCACCCAUGCCCCUCCUGCUCUCUGGCCUUCUCCUGUCAGAAAUUCCUCAGCCAACAUGUGAAAUCCAAUCAUCCUUCUCAGAGCCCCCCAGGAACGUCUGCAAGAAAACACCUCCAAGGAGAGGAACCCUGCCCAGAGGAUCAGAAUCACCAGCAGCAACAUACUAAUACACACAGCUGGAAUGAUAAAGCUGAAGAUCAAGAGGUCAAAAAGAGGUCCAAACCUUUGCUUAAAAGGAUCAGUCAGAGGAGAAUUUCAAGACCCUUUUCCAAACCUUCCAAAGAACGAAUGAAGAGCUCUAGUGAGCAUGAGAGAAUGAUGGAUGAAGAGCACAGUAGAGGCCUGAAAGACAAUCCAGAGGACAUAGGCAAGUUAUUUGUGAAAGUAGGAAUGUCAAGAAUUGCACCAAUCAAGCACGGGGAGUGUGGGCGAGGCUUUACACGGAAGUCGAAUCUCAUCACACACCAGAAGACACACUCGGGGGAAAAGCCCUAUGUUUGCGGGGAGUGUGGGCGAGGCUUUACACGGAAGUCGAAUCUCAUCACACACCAGAGGACACACUCGGGGGAAAAGCCCUAUGUUUGCGGGGAGUGUGGGCAAGGCUUUACAUGGAAGUCGAGUCUCAUCACACACCAGAGGACACACUCGGGGGAAAAGCCCGAUGUUUGCGGGGAGUGUGGGCGAGGCUUUACAUGGAAGUCGAGUCUCAUCAUACACCAGAGGACACACUUGGGGGGAAAGCCCUAUGUUUGCGGGGAGUGUGGGCGAGGCUUUACACGGAAGUCGAAUCUCAUCAUACACCAGAAGACACACUCGGGGGAAAAGCCCUAUGUUUGCGGGGAGUGUGGGCGAGGCUUUACAUGGAAGUCGAGUCUCAUCAACCACCAGAGGACACACUCACAGGAAAAGCCCUAUGUUUGCAGGGAGUGUGGGCGAGGCUUUACACGGAAGUCGAGUCUCAUCAUACACCAGAGGACACACUCAGGAGAGAAGCCCUAUGUUUGCGGGGACUGCGGGCGAAACUUUACACAGCAGUCGAAUGUCAUCAUACACCAGAGGACACACUCGGGGGAAAAGCCCUAUGUUUGCGGGGACUGCGGGCGAGGCUUUACACAGCGGUCGAGUCUCAUCAGCCACCAGAGGACACACUCGGGGGAAAGGCCCUAUGUUUGCGGGGAGUGUGGGCGAGGCUUUACACAGCGGUCGAGUCUCAUCAUCCACCAGAGGACACACUCGGGGGAGAAGCCCUAUGUUUGCGGGGACUGCGGGCGAAACUUUACACAGCGGUCGAAUCUCAUCAGCCACCAGAGGACACACUCACCGGAAAAGCCCUAUGUUUGCGGGGAGUGUGGGCGAGGCUUUACACAGCGGUCGAGUCUCAUCAACCACCAAAGGACACACUCAGGGGAGAAGCCCUAUGUUUGCAGGGAGUGUGGGCGGGGCUUUACACAGAAGUCACAUCUCACCAGUCACCAGAGGACACACUCAGGGGAGAAGCCCUAA